AUGAAAACACCAGACGACGCAUUAUUAUGUCCUAUUACACUUGAACUAUUUCGUGAUCCUGUUGUGGCACAAGAUGGCCAUACAUAUGAGAGACAAGCUAUUGAAGAGUGGAUACGAAAAUAUGGCACAAGUCCUCUUACUAAUCAACAACUAUCAUUAGAACACUUAGUUUCAAAUUAUGCUAUAAAGAAAGUAAUUGAUCAUUUUGAAACUUCGUCAGUCGGCAGAAAUUUCCAGUAUAUACUUGGUAAAGAUGUAAAGAAGAAAAAAGGUCGACCGCUUUUUCAAACUUCUGGAAAAACUAUUUAUCAUGCAGAAUGGUUACCAACGAAUGAUAAUCGUCCAGAGGUAGUUUUAUUAAAAAUUGAAGGUGCUCGUGCAAAUAAAGAUGCAUCAUUUUAUGUUAAUCUUAGUCGUCAUCCGCAUAUUGUUCGAACUUUUGGUUUAGUACGUGAUGAUGAUGAUGAUAAUAUAAGCUCUAUUGUGAUGUUACAAGAAUAUGCAUCUGAAGGUAGUCUUUACGAAGUUUUAACCGAACGUAAAAACCCAUUAGAAGAAGAAAUUUUAUUAGAGAUAUUUUUACAAAUUAUUGAUGCAAUGAGUUAUUUAGCGUUAAAUAAUGUGGUUCAUGGUGAUUUAGCAUGUCGUAAUGUACUUGUAUUUCGUUUUGAUGAAAAAGAUCCAAGAAAUAUUGUCGUAAAAGUAACAGAUUUUGGACUAAGUCGUUAUAGUAAAAUUUAUAGUCAAACGAUCACUGCUGCACAAACAGCAUUAAACAUUAUCCCAAUACGGUAUUGUGCACCAGAAAUACUUUCAAAAAAUUUAACUGCCAAUGAUUAUACGGAACAAUCCGAUGUAUAUUCAAUGGGUAUAUUAAUGUGGGAAGCAUAUUCUCGAGGUGCUAUACCUUGGACAAAUAUUGAAAGUAAUGACGAUGUUAUUCAAAAAGUUCGAAAUGGUGACAUGUUACCGCAGCCAAAAAAUUGUAGCUCAAGAUACUGGAAUAUUAUUACUAAAACGUGGGCUAAAUUACCUAAUCAACGACCAACAUUUAAUCAAUUGAAAGAACUUUUCAAAGGACAGCUAUAUCAGACUACAACAUCAGCAGCCAAGCUAAACCUGGCAUCAUACUAUCAUCAUCAAGAUACACCUCCAGUUCAACAAACUACUUCACCAGGAGCUACCAACAACACUAACAUUGAUCAUGGAAUAGAGUCUAUGCAUCUAGUACGCACACAAAUUAGUAUCAAUAAACAAAAAUGUAUAGUCAAAGGGAGAAUCACUUGUAGUGGUGAGGAACUAUAUGCAGUGGAGAGUGAUAAGCCACUCCCUGGAUAUGAUGGACUAUGUCCAAAAUGUCGUACAAAUCAUGUACGUUUCGAUGAUCCAAAUAGAGGUUUUUACAUGUCGGUGAAAAAUGCACAUGAUAUAGUUAACAAACAAAAACUAGAUAAUGAACGUUUGAAAGGUCGAAAAGACAUUCCACAACUAACAAAUAUAGUCGAUAAUCUACCACCACUUGAUCAACCCAUACUUGGCAAAAAUAAAGGUAUCGAAGGUGAUUCAAACUCAUGUUAUAUGGAUGCAACUAUCUUCUGUAUGUUUGCAUAUAAUAAUGUAUUUGAUAAACUACUUCAUAUGGAAGUCAAAGCAAAACCACUAAAAAAACUACAAAAAAUACUACGUGAAACUAUUGUUUAUGCACUUCGUGACAAAAAGAAUGGCUUUGUUCAACGUGAUGCUCUUUUUCAUCUACGACUUCAACUUAGUGAAGCAACACAUGAUCCAUCAUUCAAAGAAAUGGAAAAAGAUCCAAGUGAAUUUCUUCGAGCAUUUGAAACACUUUUUCAAUAUGCACCACUCAAAACUAUUUCACCUGAUCAACCACCAAAAUCAGAUGAAUCAAACAUUACAACAAAUAUUAUUUGGGAAAUGUUUGAUGCUAAUCCACAUCGACUACCUUCAACAAAUAUUGCUAGUAUAUUUCGAAAUUCACUUUCAGAAAUUCCAGCUAAACUAGCAACAAUUCCACCUUUUCUUGUUUUGGUUGCUCCUCGUCAUACACGUUCUCAACGUUCAUAUCGUUAUAUUAUACCUGAUCGUGAGAUUACACUUGACAAUUCUAUUGUUCAACUUGUUUGUCUCAAAUGUCAAAAAACAAAUCAUGAUCCUGAAACAUCAAAGGAGUUUUAUUUUUGUAAUGAAUGUCAUGAAAGAGAAUCAUCACCUACAGUAUCCAUUGACGCUACAAUUACAUGCUAUUGUACAAAUUGCUUAUCUGAUAUGCAUAAACAUUUAGCUGGAUCAAUUCAUACUCAUCAUACAAAACGAGUUUCACCGGACAAAAUUAAACUUAAUCUUUUUGCUGUAUUAUGUAUUGAAACAAGUCAUUAUGUUGCAUUUGUAAAAUGUCAAAAACGAAAUCCAUUACAACAUGAAUGGCUGUUUUUUGAUAGUAUAAGUGAUCGAUUAUAUGAUGAACAGAAUGUACCCCUUGUCGAUAGUGUGCCAGAUUUCGAUAACUGGAUUGAUGAUGCUGAAAAAGGCAAAGAUGAUUUUUUUAACUGGUUGGACGAUCGUCGAGGAAAAAGACAACCUACAUCACAAACAUUUAGUGAAAACAGCAUGCGACAACUACGUUUAUUUCGUGAUGGUGCUUUUUUCUUUUAUGAAAAUACUAAUAUGAAUUACUAA